AUGGCGUCGAAGGCCCACAGAAGCCUCGAAGGAAGGUUGCAGGAGAAUUGGUCUGAUCAUAAUGUACGACUGUGUCCGCCCAGCUGUUCAAACCACAUUAUGUCCGCGUUUGAGCAACCCUUCAAACUCAGAGCUUCCGAGUCUGGAGGGGUCGAAUUGCGAUUAGGACCAGAGUUUUUGUGUCAUCCGUGUUUUCGUCGUAGGGUCUGAGUUGUCGACUGAUGCCCGUUGAAGGUGUCACGUCACUGAUUCGUUGUCCAUUAGCUAUCUGUUACGAAAUAUUAUCCCAACUGGUGCAUGGGGUAAACGGAAUGUCAAAGGAUUCCCAAGUUUGGUGCCAGUGGGUACGGUGGAUGUGGAUAGUCAACUACUGGUUGAGGCUGGCGACUAUUCGCAGGGUGUUCUUGCGAGAUACAGCAACUAGAUAGCACCGGCGGUCAAAUUUGGCCCCAAGUUCCGGGGAAAGGGUCGAUGUGACCUCCAAGGUACGUACUUAGUGCCUGCUUACCCUGGGAGUCGGGCGACGCAUUUCCGGCGGUUGGAGACUAGCCCACUCUGUGCGAAACACUAUGCGACAAUGGACUGACGGACGGUGGUGCAAAGUGUGGCGCUAAGCGCAAGCUUCCCGUCG